AUGGUCUAUGGAAGUAUUCGCCGAAUUGAAUGUAAGUUGUUGGCGUGCAUCACGUCGCGUCGUGUCGCGUCGCGAUUUGACUAUGGCCGUUUGUCGUAUGCCGUUGACCGUUUGUUGUUUGUUUAUGCAUCCAUGUUGUUUCGUCGGCUCGUUCCCUGGCUCGCUUUGGCGCAUGCUUUGAAUGCGUGUGUGCUGUUUGUGGCAGUGGCUGACGGACCGUCGUUGCUCAUGUCUUCAUUUCUGUCGUCGUCUUCUGAACGGUCGCCGCGUCGAUCCGAUAGUUCUAAGCGGUUUUUGUUCGAUUUGCAGGAGCUGUGCCGCAUCAACAACCAGCUGCUGAUCGCCCUCGGUGUUGGUCACCCGAAAGUCGACCAGAUCUGCACGACACUCGCCCGUUACGGAAUCCAUCCAAAGAUGACCGGCGCCGGUGGCGGAGGAUCAGUGUUCGCCUUUCUCAAACCAGGUACUGAAGGUAAUCGUGAUCGAUAA